CUGACGCAUGCGCCGUGCGCUCCGCCGAUGGGAACUCCGAUGGGUUGCCUGCCCUAAAGCCUCUGAACGAAUAGUUCGCGAUCCGAUUAGGCGACUGAGCACGAAAUCAGGGCAGCUAUAAACUGCGCAUCGCCGCUAUUAAGACGAUAUAUAUGCGUGACUGGUUAUGAGGAAAAGGCGAUCAUACUGGGGAGCGACAUAACGGAAAAUCAGAGUCUGCCCUUCAACACACAGUCAUGGGGACUGAGUCCCUCCCAGCCUACGUGCGAGUCACUGGUAUUUGGACUCUGCUGUGUGGUCUUAUCUUCUGGGGUGGGACCUCCAGCUGCCAGCCAACCUCCCAGGUGACUGGGUACGAAGUGACCAUCCCCAGGAAGGUGGAGAGGCAGAGGCGAGAUACGGACGAGGCAGCCUCAAAGCAGGUGUCAUACAUCAUCAGCAUCCAGGGGAAGGACCGCGUUGUGGUCCUGGAGAGAAAUGAAUUCCUUGUUCCUGAGGACUUCACUGUGUAUACAUACACCAAAGACGGCACCGUGGUGACAGAAAGGCCUCCAAUGCGGCACCACUGUCACUACCAGGGCUAUGUGGAGGACACUCCUGGCUCUGCUGUGGCCCUUAGUAUCUGCUCUGGCCUAAGAGGUGUUCUGCAUGUGGACAACAGCAGCUAUGGGAUGGAACCCCUGACCAACUCCAGCAGCUUCCAGCACUUGGUGUACAGACUUCAAGAUGUACCACUGAUGUGUGGAACGCCACACCCUGAUCAUGGCCACUCCAACGCAACGCAGACCCAGCCCAUCAGCCAAGCGCGCAGGAGUAAGAGAGCAGUGCUCCACCAGACUCAUUUUGUGGAGCUGUUUGUCGUGGUUGACAACGAGAGGUUUACGUACAUGACCAGGAACCAGACGGCUGUGCGGGAUGAAAUGGUCCAGCUCGCCAGCUAUGUGGACAGUAUGUAUGUGGCUCUGAACAUCCGCGUCGUCCUGGUCGGGCUGGAGAUCUGGACCCAACAGAACCUAAUCAACACAGAGGGUGGUGCCGGAGAGGUUCUGGGCCGCUUCGUCCAGUGGAGGGAACAGGUUCUAGGAUCCCGACGUCGACAUGACAGUGCACAGCUCAUACUGAAGAAAAACUUUGGUGGGACAGCAGGCAUGGCCUUUGUCAGCACAGUCUGCUCACGCAGCCACGGAGGGGGAAUCAAUGCGUACUUUGGUUCCGAUGUCCUGUCACUGGCAUCCAUUGUGGCCCAUGAGCUGGGCCACAACCUGGGCAUGAAUCACGACGACGGGCGGAACUGCCUGUGCGACACAUCCAGCUGCAUCAUGAGCUCCGGUACCACUGGCUCACGAAACUUCAGCAGCUGCAGUUCCGAUGACUUUGAAAAGCUGAUUCUGACCAGUGGUGGUAGCUGCCUGCUGAACGUGCCAAGGCCUGACGAGGCCUACAGUGCCCCCUACUGUGGGAAUAAGUUGCUUGAUGUUGGGGAGGAGUGUGACUGUGGCUCUGAAAAGGACUGUGAGAAGGACCCCUGCUGUGAGGCCAAGACCUGUAAACUGAAGUCCGGGGCUCAGUGCGCAGACGGCGUGUGCUGCAAGAACUGCAAGUUCACGCCCGCUGGCUCUGAAUGCCGCUCCAUUCGGGACGAAUGCGACCUACCCGAGUUCUGUAACGGCUCUUCACCAUUAUGCCAGGCAGACGUAUUCAAGCAGAACGGGCACCUCUGUCGGGAGGGCGGGGCCUACUGCUAUAAUGGUCGGUGCCGGCACUACGACGGGCAGUGCCAGGCCAUCUUUGGACCCAAAGCGAAAGCGGCACCUGAGGUCUGUUUCAGAGACGUCAACCUGAAGGGGGAUCGGUUUGGGAACUGUGGCUACCAGGGCAUGGGUUACAAGAAGUGUGAAAUCAGGAACGCCAUGUGCGGGAAGCUGCAGUGCGAAAACGUGCAGUCGGUCACUGUGUUUGGCAUCGAGCCCUCCGUCAUCCAGACGCCCAUCGCCGGCACCAAGUGCUGGGGGGUGGAUUUCCUGCUGGGCUCGGACGUGCCAGACCCGGGCAUGGUUAACGAGGGCACCCGCUGCGGGGAGAACAAGGUCUGUUUAAAUUACCAGUGUGUGAGCGUUGAUGAGCUGAAAUACGACUGCGACAUCCAGAAUACAUGCCACGGCAAUGGGGUUUGCAACAGCAACAAGAACUGUCACUGUGAUAAUGGCUGGACCCCACCCACCUGUGAAUUCAAAGGCUACGGGGGCAGCGUGGACAGCGGCCCCACCUGGAACGAGAAUGACACCUCCCUGCGGGAUGGUCUGCUGGUCUUCUUCUUUGUGGUCCUGCCCCUGCUGGGUCUCUGCCUCUACAUCUUCUUCAGAAGGAACCUGCUACGACAGCGGCUCUGCAGAAAAAAGAGCUCCCAAGCCUACGAGGCUCAGAGUGAGUACUCUGCCACUCCAGCAUCAGUUCUGCAAUGCACGAGUACUGCAUCAUACCUGUAUACAAAUGUACAGGACUCAAAAGAGGAUUGUGGACCACAGAUGAGCACCAGCCAGGGGCCUCCAAGGACAGCCGGGUCCAGUCGGGUUGUCAGAGAAGGAGUCACGCAGAUGGGCAGCAGGUCCGCAGCGCCAUUCCACGCUGCCAAGCCCCCUCCACCGCCACCGCACCCACGACCUGCACCGAUACCUCAUCUAGUCCCUCAGAGGCCUGCUCCACUGCCUCCAACACAGUGGGGCAAGGAGGAUCAGUGGCAAAAAAAUUCCUACGACCCUUGACCUUUCAUGACAUGUGCCAACUGAGAGACGAGUCCUCAGACUGGGCUUGAGUAGCUGGAAGCAGUGAGAAGUCUGAGUGUCUUCACCAUAUUGGGAAUGUGCCCCCCCAGGCUGGACUAAACACCGGAAACACCUGCCACAGUAUCUGCUCGCAAUAACUGUGUAGCACACGGUGCCUCGGGCCUCAUCCCAGGACUCAGCAGCUGCCUCACGCAAUCUUCCACAAAUGCCAAGACGCAUGGAUAAAAUGUGUGUAUAUAAUGUACAGUGAAAAAGUAAUUGCACCCUCUGUGAAUUCUGUAGUUUUAUAUAUCAGGACAUAACAUAAAAUCAUCUGGUCCCUGUCAGGUCAUAAAAUUAGAUAAAUCUAACCUCAGGUGACAUAAAACCAAUUCCUCUAUGUCAAAAAACCCAAAAAAGCCAACAAGAAGAAGCCAUGGAAAUUAGCGGGAGAACAUUUCAAACUGGAUUUAAGGAAGCACGUCUUUACACAGCGUGUAGUCAUAGUAUGGAAUAGUCUUCCUGAUAACG